GACACUCACUCACAGUUACGCCCCGUUCAUGUGUAGGAGGCGUUGCCUGAAUGUAUAAAAAUCUCAGCCGACAGAGCCAUUGCCAGUGGAGAGGUCAGACCUGGUACCCACACAAACCAGACGGUGUGAUGGCGCUGCCCAGACUGGCGCUGCUGCUGUUGCUGCUCUGCGCGGCUCAGCAGCUGCUGUUGACCGCCGGCGCCGCCGCCCGGGACCGGGGCCGGGGUAAAGGCCGGGGCGGCAGGAGGCGAGGCAAGGAGGCGGCCACCCGGGGCAAGUUCGUGAACCGGGAGAAGGCGGAGUGCACCUGGGCCGUGAGCGGGGAAGGGGCGGCGGCGGAGGCGGCGGCGGGGAGUCGGCUGCUCCGGGUCCAGUGCCGACAGGGCGAGGCCGACUUCUGGUGCGAGUUCUCGGGGCUGCCCUCGGCCUGCGCCAAGUACCGCAGCGACGCCGGGAGCUACUGGAAGCAGAUCGCCCGCGCCCUGAAGAAGCAGAGGGGCCUCUGCGCCGCCAAAGCCGCGCUGCUCAAGACCAAGGUCUGCCGGGCCGGCCCCCGGGCCGCGCACCUCGGCCUCAGCCGCUCCAGCCUCCUGCCCGGCCUCGGGCUCGGUCGGUAUAUUAUAUCUGUCUCCGCUGGUUAUGGACCAGUGGAGAAGUCUGAUGCUGGUCACCACACUGUUGUGACAAAAGUAGACAUUGUAGACUGUUACCAUGUCAGGAUGCAAAAUACUGCAAUUGUUUUAGAAACAUAG